CGGCCAUGACUUAACCUUCAAAGUUUAUUUUUUUUAGUUUAUUUUACAUAUAUAUCAUCAAAAUACUGAAGCCUUUGACUAUUUGUUAGGAAAUGUCUACGAAUAGUGUGGGCUCGGUUACCUCGGCAGCCGUGCUGUUGAUAUCGUUGGUGCUGGUUGGCGACUGCCUUGCCUGUCGACCCGUCUACAGAUCUGAUCUGGUAUCGUGCACCAGAAGCGGCGGCGUCUGUCGCGAAGUAAGUGCCUGCCCCAAAAAUCGGCACGCGGGGGUGAAAACCAUUUGCAUAUUGCGCGGCAAAGUUUGCUGCAUGAAGGCAAAAUGACGCAAGGGCAUCCGGCGAAGGCAACUCAGACGAUCUGCAUCAGCAAGCACCUUUCGCACAGAAAUUGAAUAUUGUUUUGUAAUAUCUGAUCUAUCUAAUUAUAUUGUCUGUACUAGCAAAAC